AUGGGAAAACCAAACAGUAAGCUCGCUCCAGAGAUGCUUCAGGACUUAGUUCAAAGCACAGAAUUCACAGAGCAAGAACUGAAGCAUUGGUAUAAAGGAUUCCUGAAGGAUUGUCCAUCUGGCAUCCUUAACCUACAAGAAUUCCAGCAGCUCUACAUUAAGUUUUUCCCAUAUGGUGAUGCCUCCAAAUUUGCUCAGCAUGCCUUUCGUACAUUUGACAAAAAUGGAGAUGGUACUAUUGAUUUCCGGGAAUUCAUCUGUGCUCUGAGUGUCACAUCACGUGGGAGUUUUGAGCAGAAGCUAAACUGGGCAUUUGAGAUGUAUGAUUUAGAUGGAGAUGGGAAGAUCACAAGACUGGAAAUGCUGGAGAUUAUUGAGGCCAUUUAUAAAAUGGUCGGCACCGUAAUUAUGAUGCGCAUGAAUCAGGAUGGCCUGACUCCACAACAGAGAGUUGACAAAAUCUUCACAAAGAUGGACAAGGACAGAGAUGAUCAAAUCACCCUGGAAGAGUUUAAAGAGGCAGCAAAAAGUGACCCCUCCAUAGUGCUUCUCUUGCAGUGUGAUAUGCAAAAAUAGCCUCAUCCGUUUUCACGGCUCAGUUGAGCACCCUGCAUGCA